AUGGGUAAGAUUGUUCUUGAACAAUUACUCAUGACUGGCCCAGCCGCUAAUAUCCCAAGGAAUCAUCCAGCCCCCAGAUGCCGCUUGGUCGCUCCGCAGUGCCAGCGAAUAUGUGACUCCGCCGGAAUAAGGGAAGUCUGCGAGGAGUGCACAACGGCCGAGACAGGGUGUUGCUACGUUGUCCGUGAUGCAGAGCUUGUGCACAGAGGGGCCGAAUAUACCGGUCGACCUUGGUAUGACGAGAUCUUGUGGUUCGAGCACAAGGGGAAAUUUGCCAACGGUCGGCUUCCACCUCAAAGGUCGCAACCCCCCGUCGUCAAUCCCAGCAAACCGCUGAAGAAGAGCGACGAUAGAUUUGGCGUGAAAGGGGAGGCUCUCGAACACAUUGCGGGUCCUAGAUGCAAUUCAAAUGAAGAUGCGUAUAAAUGUUCUCAGACCUCGAUCGACGAGAUGCGCGGGUGCCGCAUGGCGCAGUUCCUUGUUUCGAAAGAGGGAGAUGAGAUGACAUCCGAGAAUCUGACUUGGGAGCCCGAAGCGUGCGAAUUGGAAUUCGAGGCUGAGAGCAACUACUUUCUCUCUGGAGUCUGCGAUGAUAUGCUGAUCUAUCAAUUUGACGCAUCCGUUUCGCCGGCUAGACAUGGCGUCUGGAAUAUCCAAGCCCCUGGGGAUCCGCAGUCUAACUUUAAUGAAUAUGAGACGUCUCUUGUCUUUCACUCAUGGUGCUGGGGUACUUGGAUACAGAUAUGCAAGCUUCGAGUCGGGCAUAUCGUCGUUGAUCGUCUCGUGGACUGGUUCGAUGCCGGAGACCAUAAUUACUUUGGGAUAAACUAUACUACAGACGAUGAGGAUGCUGACGUCUGUGAUGACAAUGAUGAAAAGGCUAAAUGGGGCCAUGAGUACGGCUACACCGUUACGAAUCCGUUCUUCGUUCCGAGACUGCAGGAACUUAUUGACAAGGCUGUCAACGCCGACAUCAAUGCAGGUCCUGACCCUCCAAAAGCAGUCCCUGCUCCCAAAGGCGUAACAGAGAAAGGCCCGUUCACGGCUCUGCCCCAAGAAAUCCGCUCCAUGAUCCUCACCAACCUCGUUUCGAAAGAUAUCCACAACCUACGCCUCGCCUUCCCAACAAGCUUCCAACACCUACCUAAUACCGGCUGGAAACACCUGCUACAAGAAGAUAUGCCAUGGGUAUGGGAAGCAUGGAGCUCUGAGCCGCCUUAUUUCUGGGCGACCGUAACUCAGCAAGACAUCGAGAAACAUUGCCAGGAGGACUCCGUCCCUGGCCAUACGAUCGAUGUAAACAAGCGGAUAUCGAACCCUCCAUGGGCGUGGAAAGUCCCGCCACACAGUACUACAGAUUGGCGAAUGUUGUAUGAGAAUAUCAAGCGAGAAACGCGGGAAAUAAGGGGGUUGAGGAACCGGAUGAGGAUCUGGAGAAAUCUUGAGGAAGCGGUCAAGGGUGUAAUGGGGGAUUUGGAUAGGCGAACUGACGACAAGAGAGGGCAUUCGUUCUUUGGGCCUUAA